AUGUCUUUACCGCUUCUCUUGUUCUCAAAACAAGCAAUAAGACAAACAACUUCAAAAUUCAUACCACUAGCGAUAAAAUCAUCCUACACCACUAAUGUUUCCACCACCUUAAGAAGAUCCCUAGCCACAGCAACCACAUUCGACCGUACAAAACCACACGUCAACAUAGGUACAAUCGGCCACGUCGAUCACGGUAAAACAACCCUAACAGCAGCAAUCACAAAGACACUAUCCCAACAUAGUGCAGAAGGUACUAAGGCCAGCUUUCUAGACUAUUCGUCUAUCGACAAAGCCCCCGAGGAAAGAGCUCGUGGUAUCACGAUCUCCACUGCUCACGUCGAAUAUGAAACUGCAAAGAGACAUUACUCUCAUGUGGAUUGUCCAGGUCACGCAGAUUACAUCAAGAAUAUGAUCACUGGUGCUGCUCAAAUGGAUGGUGCCAUCAUUGUCGUUGCUGCCACUGAUGGUCAAAUGCCUCAAACUAGAGAACAUUUACUUUUAGCUAGACAAGUUGGGGUACAACAUAUUGUGGUGUUCGUUAAUAAAGUGGAUACUAUUGAUGAUCCUGAAAUGUUGGAAUUGGUUGAGAUGGAAAUGAGAGAAUUGUUGAAUGAAUAUGGGUUUGAUGGAGAUAAUGCUCCUAUUAUUAUGGGAUCUGCUUUGUGUGCAUUGGAGGGUCGUCAACCGGAAAUUGGAGAGAAGGCAAUUUUGAAAUUGUUGGAUGCUGUUGAUGAAUAUAUUCCUACUCCUCAAAGAGAUUUGGUUAAACCUUUCUUGUUACCUAUUGAAGAUAUCUUUUCCAUCUCAGGUAGAGGUACCGUGGUUACUGGUCGUGUUGAAAGAGGUGAAUUGAAAAGAGGUGAAGAAUUGGAAAUUGUGGGUCAUAAUAAAGUCCCAUUGAAGACUACAGUUACUGGUAUUGAAAUGUUUAGAAAGGAAUUAGAUGAAGCUAUGGCUGGUGAUAAUGCAGGUAUCUUAUUAAGAGGUAUAAGAAGAGAUCAAUUGAAAAGAGGUAUGGUUUUAGCUAAACCCGGUACAGUUAAGGCUCAUACUAAAAUCUUAGCAUCAAUGUAUAUUUUAUCUAAGGAAGAAGGUGGUAGACACUCUGGAUUUGGUGAAAAUUAUAGACCACAAAUGUUUAUUAGAACUGCUGACGUUACUGCAGUGAUGAAAUUCCCACCUGAAGUUGAAGAUCAUUCAAAACAAGUUAUGCCAGGUGAUAAUGUUGAAAUGGAAUGUGAAUUAGUUCAUCCAACUCCAGUUGAAGUGGGCCAACGUUUUAACAUUAGAGAAGGUGGUAAAACUGUCGGAACAGGUCUUGUCACAAGAAUCAUUGAAUAG